UAAAUUGCGCGGCUGCUUUGCUCAGUCAGUCGAUCUUUGUUUUGAACGUGUGUGUGGGUAUUUAGAACAUUUUGGAUCAUUGAUUCAUAUGAAAGGUUCACUAGUAAUUCCUUCCUACUUAGACCAUUCAAGCACCUUAUAACAGGCUUUUUUACACUGAGGACAUGUUCUCAUCGGCCGGGUAUUUUCGUAGCGCUAACUGCCCGUUUUUUCUCCAUGGUCUUUGUCAUAGGCCGUACUGCCAUUUUCGACACGCGAAACCAGGUAACAAGAAUUCAAGUAAUGCCCAUGGAACUAAAAGCUCCUCAUCAAAUAAACAGACCAAGAAGAAAAAAUAUACACCCAAUAAACAACCUCCUGGAAUUCAUACGAGGACAGAGAGUAAUGAUAUCAUAGCUAUGCCAAAUGCUGAUCACAUAUCACCUGAAAAGGACAAAACAAUUAAGGAACCUCACCCCCAAACUACUGCUCCAUCCAUUCUUGAUUCCAUCAACAAACUAGAGCAAGCUGUUGAAGAAGUGUCUGCAAGUUUACUAAGUCGACCUAAGAGAACAUCAUACUGUAGUGAAAGUUCUACCCACGAUGCUGAAGAAAGACCAAGCAAUUCAACCAAAGACACAUCAGCAGUUUCAAAGGAUUCCGGAGAUGUUACAAAUCAAGCAGCUAAGGAUGUUGUAGUCAAAAGCGAAGCUAUAGAUGACUCACUAGAUGAUGACACACCUAUUAUUGUAGAUUAUAAAGAAAAUGUAAAAAAGGUAAUAUAUGACACAAUAGAAUUGAGCAGUGGGGAUGAAGCAGAGACAUCAAAUGCAGACAAAGUUGGAAGUGAGGGUGAAAAGUUACACACCAAAAGGAAACACACUAUUUCUAGCUUGGACCGACAAGAGCAACAGAAUCAGCAAGAAAGUCCUAAUCUUCAAAAGAAUAUAAAUAUUGUACUGGAAGAUUGUGAAGUCCCUGAGCAAGUCAGGCUAGAAGAUGAUUCCCAAAAUAAGGUCUCCACCAAGGCUAAAUUGUUAGAUAUUUCAGACAUUGUUAAUGUUGCAGAAGGAAAUCUAGAGGCUAAAGAAUUAAAAGAAAUAAAGAAAGAAAAGAAUAAUGAUAGGAAUGUGAAAAGCACUGAGCAAGAAAGAGAUAUUGCUAAGGUUACAGUAUAUAAUAAAAAGGCCAAGAAAUCAGUUUCAAUAGAUAAACAGACAAUUAGUAGUGAUAAACACAAGAAAAGCACACAUAUGAAUAAUGAGGUCAAGAAAUCAGUCUCUUUAAAAAUAAAGAAAGAAAAAACCACUGAACAACAUAACAAAAUUGCAAGUGCUGCAGAUAAGGUAGAGGAGGUGAAUGAGUAUCAUAGUGUAAAUAUUAAAAAAGAAAAGAAAGAUAGGGAGCAUAAAAGCAAAAAACUUAGUGAAAAUAUAGCCGACAUGAAAGUUCCUGAGAAAAUUUCACAGCAAUGUGACCAUGAUAGAACAUCAGUGAAGACACAUUCAUCUAAGGAAAAAGAACAUGCAGCAAGCGAUGGUACAAAAACAAAGAAAAAAGUUACUGUUGAUAAAGCAUUGGCUGAUGUAGAUUUUUUCUCUUGCAAAGAUUCUAAGAAAAAAAAGCUUGGAAAUUCUAGCAAGAAAACUUCUGAGAGUGAACUAUCCAGUGCUAUCAGUAAAAAAGAAAAAGAGCUAGAGCUUCUUAAAAUGAAAGCCGCUAAGAGAAAAGCUGAAAAGUCCCCCAGUAGCACUAAAAAGGCAAAGAUUUCUAGACAUGAGGAGAAGCCUGCCAAAGACUUGCACAGUAGGAACUUGUUUGGGAUUGAGAGUGAUGACAGUCACCAUAGCGGGCUCAAUGAUGUUUUCAGUGAUGACGAUGGCGGUGUCACAGAACAGCUGAAGGAGAUCUUUGAUGAGUUUGACCCAUCUUCUAUUGCCAGCCACCCUUUGAAAAUCUCAUUGGAGAGAAGCAAGAAAGAAGAAUGUCUUGGUAAGAUUACCCCGCCUGCCAAGCGCGAGAGACUACCAAGUGCUACAGGGUUACAGGGAUUGGGGAAAAAGCAGAGGGUUGCACAUUCACCUAAACAUCUAUCUCCAAGGCUAUCAAGUAAUGCAAACCCAAUUCGGCGAUACCCAAAAACAAUUGCACCCAGCCAAAGCCCAAUUAAAACAAACGCAGCACCAUCUGAGUCAACAGUAAUUGACCCUCUCCAAGCCAAGAGAAGAAUUGCCCAUGCCCCCAAAACACAGGCCCCCAAACCUAGUCCAGUUAAGACCAGCAAGCCUAAUACCAGAGUAAACCUCCCCAGACCACGCAUUCCUCUGGAGUAUGGGGCCAAGGUUCCACAGAACAUCCGGCAACGAUACUUGGAUAAGAUAAUUGAUGAGCAUUUGAGACUAUGUCGAAUAGAAAAGGUUGCCUAUGAAAAAGCUUUGGAGGAAGAGAGCCAAAUUUACAACCGUGCAACUCGUCGCCACAUGUACAUCAACCUGUGCAUUAACUCUAUCAAGAAACUCCGUGCCACACCCAUUAGCAUUAGCACAGCCACCCCUGAACUCACAAGCAGCACUUCCUCAGCUACAUCAACUGCAUCAGACAACCUACCAGACAGGCCACCUGACUCGGACAAACAAAUUACGCAGGACUCGGCCCUUACGGAGGAGACUUUCUACAACCUACUCUGUACUUAUCGUUUGACAGAGGAGGAGCUUGUACAAAAUGGCUUUCCAAGACCAACAUCAACCCCUGGCAAAGUCGUGUUCAAGCCACGGAAGGUCCAAAAAGUCACCCACAGUGACCCCAAUCGUCGCACCUGCCAUCGCUGUGGUAAGCCCUAUUCUGUGCUAGAUGAUGGUACCCACAUGCGACACGAGGAAUGUGUCUACCAUGUGGGAAGACUCCUCAGACGACGAGUUGCUGGUGAAGUGAUCUCGUCCUACACAUGCUGUGAUGGAGAUGCUGCAAGUCCUGGAUGUGCAGUGGGCAAGGUGCAUGUUUCUGAAGGGAAGAAUGUAACCGAGGGGUUCAUGACUACAAUAGUCAGCCCUUUGAGUGGCAACCUCAAGAAAGUCUUCUCUCUUGAUUGUGAAAUGUGUUACACCAAGGAUGGUUUGGAGCUAACACGUGUAACUGUGGUGGAUUGGAAACUAGACAAUGUGUAUGAUACGUUUGUUAGACCUGACAACCCCAUACUUGACUACAAUACCAGGUUCAGUGGAGUGACAGAAGAGUGUCUGAGGGGUGUGACCACAAGCCUGCGUGAGGUUCAAGCAGUGCUGCUGAGCAUGAUUCACAGAGACACCAUUUUGGUAGGACACAGUCUGGAGAGUGACCUCAUAGCUCUCAAGCUGGUUCACAGCAGUGUUGUGGACACAUCUGUAGUGUUCCCUCAUCGUCUUGGACCUCCAUACAAACGAGCCCUGCGUAACCUGACCGCUGAACACCUCAAACAGAUUAUACAAGACAAUGAGGCUGGUCAUGACAGCUACGAGGAUUCAAAGGCUUGUCUAGAACUUAUGCUUCACAAGGCACAAGAGGACCUCAAGAAGAAAGAGAGGCAUCAAUAAAUAACAACAAUUUAAGGGAAUAACAGAAGAAGGACUUCUACUGUAAGAGCUCUGUGAAAAGUUCUAAAUCAUGGAAAAUGCCAAGAUCUCAAGAACAAAGGCAGCACAAUGAACAUGUGGUGGGAGAUAUUAAGAGUAAUAAUAAAAAAAAUAGAGCUCUGUGCUAAAUUUUACACCAUGAACUUUGCCAAGCAAUUUCUCAAAGCCCUUUGUCAUAAUUGAACAAAUCAAAGUUAUCUGUUAUAAAUCAAUACAUACAACACAAGACUGUAAAUGGCUGUUUUUGUUUAAUGUACAGAAAUAAAAGCAAGGUUAAAAUGUUG